AUGUCACAGUCUUUACCAAGUGUUGAAGAAUUACACAAAUUAAAGUUAAGUGACUUGAAAAAACUAUGCAAAGAAAAUAAACUACCAUCUACAGGAACAAAAGUUGAACUUAUAUCACGUAUAGCAGAAAUGCACGGCAAUAAAUUUGUCUUAUUACAACCUGGAGAUGAAGCAGAACUACUUGGAGAUGAUGAAGAUGGUGAUUCCAAUCAUGUGAAUCUAUCGCAUUCUACAACAACAACAACAACAACUACUACUACAGCAUCAGCAAUGGAUUGUACCAAUGGUGAUACAUCUUCUCCAAGUAGCCUUAACUUCUCAGUCACUUCUGCAACUAAAACUGUAGCACGUAAACGUCCAGCUAGUGAAUUGACACCUGAAAAAGAUACAAUGACUACUGGUGAGAAAGUUUUAAAAAUUACGCAUACAACUGAUGAUACACAUGUGAAUGCUAAAGAAGAAAUAACUAAUAUAUCAGAUUCUGAGCGGCUAAUUUGUCGUACAAAACGUUUUAUGUCAGAUGAUGAGAAAACAUUAGCUCGUGCUAAACGUUUUGGUUUACCGAUUAGUAAUGAUGUAAGCACUGUUUCGUUAAAUAACACUUCAAAAUUGGAUGAACUUGAAAAGUUGAAAAAACGUGCUGAACGAUUUGGUUUAACUACUAGUAAAACAUUAGAAAAGUUAACCGAUUUGGAGCGUAAAGCUAAACGUUUGGAAAAGUUUGGUAAACCACUGUCAUCAGGAAACACACAAAUGAAUGAUGAAUUAGCAAAGUCUCUUCGUGCACAGAAAUUUGGUUUAGUUUUGUCCAGUAAUAACACCACCACCACCACCAACAACAACAACAACAGUAUGUCGGAUGCUGAAAAAUUAUCUAAACGUCAAGCACGAUUUGGUUUGCUUGCUUCCUGGAAACAGGAGUGGUUUAAACACAUUGAAACGAACUUGAGGUUUUCAAAUCAUGACCUUGAAAGUGCAUUACUAAACUUGUUCUCAAUAAUCGACCUAAUGAAAAAAGAAGAUAAAAGUGAAUCAAAACCAAAAGUUUCAGAAUAUUUACCAAAAUGUGGAGUUGUUGUUGAUUUAUAUAGUCCAGAAGAAAUGUCAAUAGAUCAAUUGCUAGAAAUUUUUGAACGUCGUGGUUUCAAAUCUUUAGUAUCAAAUGUGAAUACAUUGGAACAGAUUGUUAAUCUGUAUUAUGAUCAUCUUAUGCCAAAAUAUAAUCGUGAUGAAUGGAUUACAAAUGAUGAAUUAACUGCACCUACAUCUGUUGAUACUUUUAGUAAUGAUAAUAAUACUACUAAUAAUACUAUUGUUAGUAGUAAUGAUUUGCCAAAUAAAAAAUCCGACUCAAAUCAACCCAAUGAACGUAAACGAACUGCCAAUGAUUUAGAUAAUCUUGUUAUCACUUAUGAUGUGAAACGAUUCACUCCUUCUUGUUCGAUUAAAACUUCUAAUUCACCUUCCAAUGAACAUAAUCUCACUGUGAUAUAUCCGAAAAAGUCAUCAGUUAAAUUGACAAAUUCAAUCAAUAAUCAAUCUGUAUGUAACACUUUGUCCAAUGAACAGAUACCAAAAGAUAAUGUGAGUAAAACUGUGUCAUCAAUUCAUUCAAUAGAAGAUUUCGCUUUGAAUAAUCAUGCUAAUACUACUACUAAUACUACUAAUACUACUAAUGAUAAUAAUACUGAUCAAUCUUUGCAGUCCAUCAAAAAACGACCAAAAAUUAAUCGUAAUUUUACAGUGUUUACAAAUCAUGUAUAAUUAUUGUAAUUAUUGUUGUGUAUGAAAUGUAAAUCUUAAAAUGUUAUUGUAUAAUUUCUUUCAUCUGUCACUCUCUCUAUCUCUUUCUUUCAUACAAAUUUUUACACAUUUUGAAAUAAAUGACUUUUCACUUCUUUUUUUUAACGAAAAAAAUUAAAAUAAAAAGUGUGUAAAAAUGAAUAUAAACUUGUUA